CAAGGUGCUGGCCCCAGCAUCUACUGAUAGACCUUUUCACGCCCCUUCCUCGUGUUAUGAUGCUGUGUCGUGCAUAUGCAGCUCAGCUUCUGAGGUCCAAGCGUGCCGAUGCCGUUCAGAUGAUGCAGCGGUCAUCGCAUCAUCUCUGCUCGAUCUACGGCGGUGUUCUCUUUACUCCGGAUCCGAAAUACUUGAGAAAAUCUAGAAGCGGUCUGAUCUUUAGCAGGAGUCAACGGGAAUUCACUUCGUCAUCUGUUCCUCCAUUCGUGGGGACUGAGUUGGCGGUGUGAUAGAACGUUCUUCUACGUUCUGUGUCGCUGAAACGACCCGCCGAAUAUAUAUUGGAUUUAUUGGCGUGCUUUGUGACGUUUCUGGAUGUCUUUGCUUGUAACGAGCGGCCACCAUCACAGCGACAUACGGCGAACGUCCAUACUUAUCCUUGCCGUCGUACCGAGGCGAUGAUCCUUGGUGCUUGUUGGUGGCCUCGCAAUAUGUACCAAUGGUUAGUUCCUCAAACUACGGUCUACCUUUUCACAAAGCACCAGGU